CUGCUGUAAGUUGGAGUUGUCAGGUGUUACUUGGACGCUGAUUUCGACAUGAGCGACGUCGUUUACCCGGUACACGGUUGGGAGAGUGACUUGUCGUGCCUUCCGCCACUCCGGGAGACGGCAAUCAGCAGUUUUGUUUCGACGAAGACUACGAAGGGCCGACGAAAGGCGUACAAGUUGGUGACAGAGAGCUACGUUGUUGCCUCUACAGUCUCCGCGAACUACUCCUGCAAAACGGCUAAUACCAUCUUUGUGAAGGCCAGCUGCUACAGAAGCCAACGAAAAACCCUCUCACCAUAUACAGUCAAGGCAGCGUUGUCGCUUCAGGGAGACAUACUUGGCGGCCUUUGUGAGUGCGCUGCUGGCAAGCACGCAUGUAACCAUUUGCAAGCUGUGCUGAAGUUAGUGGCAUUACUUCAAGUUAAAGGAUACAAUGAAGCGCCAGAGCAUCUCUCAUCGACAGAUUUGCCGCAGCAGUGGAGAGUGCCAAGGACCAAUCCGCUUCGCGGAACAAGUCUGCAGCAGGUAGACUGGCGGAGAGUAGGGGAGGGCGGGCAAGAUUUGCCCCGCACCUCUCGCCUCUAUAAAGGCAUUGUUGCUAACGAAGACCCGAAGCAACAGGAGGAAGACAUAAAGGCCUUUGCCGAUGCACUGAAAGAAAUUAAUGGUAUGCAGGAGUUCGCCAGCUUCCUCGACGCUGCAGACAGCUCAGACGUCACUGAAACAAAAUUUGGGACACGUUUAAAGGGCUGCCUUCUCGACUACCAACAGUCUGUGGUUCCUCAUGGAUUUGCAGUCUUCAUAUCCAAAGAGCUAGAAGUGCCUCGGCCGCAAAUAUGGGCAAGUGCGGAGCUGUUUACGGGCGCUUUCACUGUUCCACAAUGGAAAAUACCCGACACGUUUGAUGGAGCAUCUGCAGCAUUUCUUAAGAGUAUAUGCAUCACCCCAGCGGAGGCGCAGGACCUAGAAAGGACGUCUAGGAGGCAACGAAACAGCCUAACAUGGCAUCAAGGACGCCUUCACCGCCUUACUGCAUCCAACUUCGGUUUGGUCCUGAACCGGAAGAAGUGGACAAAAAAAGGCUUGAUUAACCUGACGACUCCGAAGGACCUGUCACGCGUUCAGCCCGUCAGGUACGGCAUAGCCAACGAGAAAGACGCCCUCCUGAGGUACAAGGAUACCUUGACAACUGCGGGACAUCCUGUUGAAGUAUUCAACUGUGGCCUUUUUGUCGACCCGUCCAGGCCAUGGCUUGGAGCAUCGCCUGACGCCCUAACCUUUGACCCUUGUGAACCUUUUCCAUGGGGUACAGUAGAGGUGAAAUGCCCAUACUCCCUCAGACAUGCCACGAGAGAGGUUCUCCUUUCAGAAGACUUCUUCGUUGCAUUUGAUGAAGAUUGCCAACCUGAACUGAAAGUUUCCCAUGAACACUACAAGCAGGUGAUUGGACAGAUGGGGAUAACUCGCACACAGUGGGCAGACUUCGUUGUCUUCGGACCGCACUUUAUUAUAGUGCAGCGCGUGCGUUUCGCCGAAAAAGAGUGGAACGACAUGGUUCAUGUGCUAGACAAUUUUUAUUUUGACACUCUGCUCCAAUUCUUCGUACAGCAGGUGAAAACAUGAAUAUUGCAUGAAGAGCUAAACAUUUAUGCAAUAAAGACAAGUGAGCUUUUGUAAUAAACAAAUCGAUUUGUAAGAGUUAGCAGCAAUAAAGCAGUUUUUCCCACCA